UUGAGAUUUUUGGGCCUAACUGAGAAUUGAGAUGCAAUCUCAGCCACUCUUUCACAAUUUUCGUGCGAUGUCAACAGCGUGUAGUUUAUGUCAACAACGGGAAUCGGAAGAGAUGGAAAUGAACAAUGCUGCUGGAAAAAACGGAAGAGAACAAGCAUCUUCUUCCAGGAGCGGGCUAGUUUUGGGGCUGGCGCCGUCUUCCGAGUACACAUUUUUGGUGUAUGCUUCUCCAGUUGGAAACUAUUUCAAGGAAGGGACUGCGCUGAUCAGCUUGUACGUUGAGGAUGAGUUCCAUCGCGCUGGCCGCGGUGGUUCUGGAGGUGUGAAGAGCGUCACAAAUUAUGCGCCGUUAUGUGAGGUCAUGAACUGCUAGUAAUCAUGGAGAGCAAGAACUACCAAGCAAGCCACUAUGCCACUAUGAGCAGACGUUGCUCCGGCGUAUGCAUCAAGAGCUUUACAAUCUCAAGUUUCUAAUCGUCGUGGAUGAUAAUGCUUGGGAUCGGAUCGCGCACGCCUUGCCAGAUAAGGAGAACGACAGCCGGAGAACGACAGCCGGAUUCUUCUCACCACUAGGCUUCGGGAGGUCACUGAUAAAAAUUCUGAAAAAUCUAGUUUACUUCAUGAGAUGCAGCCGCUCGGGCUGGAGCACAGCUGGCAGUUCCUCUGUUAUCUUACCUUCGGUGAUAUGCUGAAAAAUGAUAUUGAUGAUGUUACAUUGCUCUGCCCUCCUCACUUGAAGGAAAUUAGAAGAUCAAUCGCCGAGAAAUGUAAAGGUCUUCCUCUGACACCGGUUGUGGUUGGUGGUCUUCUCAUUCAGGAGACAGAAAAGAUUGAUUUCUGGAAAAGGAUAGAAGAAGAUAUUGUUGAUGUUGCUGCAAUGGGGGAGGGUUCCUACUUGGAGAUCUUGGCUCUCAGCUACCUUCACUUGCCCGCUAGACUUCAAGGUUGUUUCCUUUACCUGGGUGCAUUCCCGGAAGAUUGUGAGAUACGUGCCUCUAAACUCAUCAAACUUUGGGUUGGUGAAGGCUUCUUCCUAAAACCUGCACUACCCACACAAACCAUGGACAACUAUUGUGGUUUCUGACUUUUG